AUGGGCCUUUUGUCAGAGGGCCGUCCGCUAAAGUGGACUGAAAUAAAAGAUGCGUUAAAACAAAUUCGAACUUAUGGUGUUGAUCAACUUAUACAAGUUUAUCACAAGUGUAAAAAUCGUCAACGAGAUGCGUUUACAUGGGGUGAUGAAGUCGAAUUAACGUUGGUAAGAUUUGAUCAUGAAAAUAAAAAAGUUCAAUUGCUAUUGAAAGCUCAUAAAUUAUUACCAGCAUUACACAAAUUAAACGAAGAAAUUCAAGAUGAGGCGUGUCGUAUAGCUUGGCAUCCAGAAGCAUGUGACUUCGUUGUCGAAGGUGUGCCGUUUCAACCGUACGGAUUUUUACCUUCGCAUUUUAAUACCGUCGAAGCAAAUAUGCGAUUAAGACGAGAACAAGUUCAAAAGCUUCUAGCUGAGCAAUCGGAUUGUGAUUUCAUUUUGAAUAUUGCGGCUUUUCCAAGGUAUGGUCAGGGGGAAUAUACACAUCCGGCUAUUGAAUAUGGUUCCUCCCACUCCGUAGAAGAAUCUUUAUGCUUUCCUGAUUCAUUGAUUUCACCAAUUCACCCAAGAACGAAAUCGUUAUCAGAAAAUACUCACGAACGGCGACAAGGAAAAGCUUCUGUUAAUAUUCCAAUAUUUAAAGAUUCUUCCACACCGUCUCCAUUCCGUGAUAAUUUGUUUAAAGAUGAUCCCAAUCUGAAAGAUGAUCAUAUUCAUCUGGAUAGUACAGCAGCUGGUUGGGGUUGUUGUUGCUUGCAAGUGACAUUUCAAGCUGAAUCAUUUGAAGGAAGCCUUCGUCUCUACGACCAGUUAAUACCAUUGUGUCCAAUUAUGUUGUGCUUGAGUGCAGCCUGUCCGAUAUGGCGUGGCUAUUUGUCUGAUGUUGACUGUCGUUGGAAUAUCAUCAGCGCAGCAGCUGAUGAUCGAACAGCUGUAGAGAGACAGCAAGAAAAUAUAUUGUCACGUUACGGUCCCACACCUUUUUAUUUAACAGACGAAAAAAGGCAUUUGAAUGAUUUGGAUUUUCCUGUUUGUGAUGAUGUUGUUCAAAAAUUAAUCUCUCAAGGAAUACCUGAAACUUUAUCACGUCAUUUUGGUCAUUUGUUCGUUCGAGAUCCACUGGUGAUUAUCGAAGAAUUCCUUCAUCCGAAAGACGAUUCGAAUUCAUAUCAUUUUGAAAAUUUGAAUUCUCUCGUGUGGAAUACGCUGCGAUUAAAACCACCACCAUUAGAUGACGAUCUAAUGGGCUGGAGAGUAGAAUUUCGACCGAUGGAUAUUCAAAUGACCGACUUUGGCAAUGCUGCACUCACUGUCUUCGUAGCCUUGAUGACUAGAGUUAUUCUAACAUAUAAUCUUGAUUUUGCUAUUCCAAUUUCUCAAGUGAAUGAAAACAUGAAUAGAGCUCAUCAUCGCGAUUCAGCACGUCAAGAAAAAUUCUAUUUCCGAUGUGGUAAUGAAAUAUCUGAAAUGUAUAUGAAUGAGAUUAUCAAUGGGAACAACGAUUUUCCUGGUUUGGUUCCACUAACACGACAAUAUAUUGGCGAGAGAGAAGAUAUUGAUGCUGAUACCAGAUUUACUAUCGAACAAUAUCUUCUACUUGUUUCAAAACGAGCGGCUGGAACUUUAAUGACAAAUGCAUCUUGGAUUCGACAAUUUGUACUGUCACAUGCAUCGUACAAACAAGAUUCGGUUGUGACUGAGGAAAUUCAAUAUGAUCUCGUUCGGAAAAUGGAACAAAUAUCUAAUGGACAUGAAGAUUGUCCGCAAAUUCGGCAGUCAAAUAUGGAGACACAUACCGAUUUGCAUGCUGAGUAA